UGUGACAAAGGUGAGGCCGCACCAUUGCCGUUUUGUAAUAUCUCACUGCCCAUACAUGAUCGAGCACAGGAUCUCGUUUCCCGCCUAAACCUCACGGAGAAGGUUCAACAGCUGGUGAACAAGGCUGCCGGGGUUGCUAGGUUAGGGGUCCCACCCUACGAGUGGUGGUCUGAGGCCUUACAUGGGGUCUCCAAUGUUGGGCCCGCGGUGCACUUCAAUGGCACUAUCCCAGGUGCCACCAGUUUUCCUGCAGUCAUCCUGAGUGGUGCCUCCUUCAAUGAGACACUAUGGUUUGUGAUGGGCCAAGUGGUUUCAACCGAGGCUCGAGCCAUGUAUAACACUGGGCUGGCGGGGCUCACCUACUGGAGCCCAAAUGUCAACGUCUUUCGUGAUCCUAGGUGGGGAAGAGGUCAGGAGACCCCCGGUGAGGACCCCGUAGUUGUUAGUCGCUAUGCUGUCAACUAUGUUCGAGGAUUGCAGGACCCUGACAAUGAGGCAACAUCUUCUAACAGUCUCAAGGUUUCAAGUUGUUGCAAGCAUUACACAGCUUAUGAUGUCGAUAACUGGAAAGGGGUUGAUCGCUUCCACUUUGAUGCUACAGUGAAAUUGCAAGACAUGGAAGAUACAUACCAGCCACCGUUCAAGAACUGUGUUGAGGAGGGGCAAGUGAGCAGUGUGAUGUGCUCCUAUAACAGAGUCAAUGGCAUCCCCACCUGUGCUGAUCCCAACCUCCUUAAAGGGGUGGUCAGGGGACAAUGGAACCUAGAUGGGUACAUUGUUUCCGAUUGCGACUCAAUCGAAGUUUUUUAUAAUGCAAUCCAUUAUUCGGCGACACCAGAAGAUGCAGUGGCUGCAGCACUAAAAGCAGGUCUGGACAUGAAUUGUGGGACGUACCUAGGAAAAUACACAGGAAAUGCAGUGAAAACCGGCAAAGUCGAAGAAUCAGUGGUAGACCAAGCCUUAAUCAACAAUUACAUAGUGUUGAUGAGAUUAGGCUUCUUUGAUGGCGACCCCAAACAGCUUCCAUUUGGCAAGUUGGGCCCCGCCGACGUGUGCACGGCCCCACACCAACAAUUGGCCCUUGAAGCAGCCAAGCAAGGGAUUGUCCUCCUCUACAAUGAUGGAGCCCUCCCUUUGUGUGACAAAGCCCUAAAAACAAUGGCUAUAAUUGGACCCAAUGCUAAUGUAACUGAAGUUAUGAUAAGCAAUUAUGCUGGAAUACCUUGCAAAUAUGUCACCCCAUUACAAGGUAUGCAAAAAUACAAUUUGAGCACAAGUUAUUAUCCAGGGUGUGCGAAUGUGGGUUGCAAAGAUGGAAGCCUCAUUGCAGGAGCUGCCAAGGCAGCCUCUAGUGCUGAUGUUGUGGUGUUAGUUGUUGGACUUGAUCAAUCUAUAGAGGCUGAGGGAUUGGAUAGGGUGAACUUAACCUUGCCUGGUUUACAAGAGAAAUUGGUCUCUGAUGUAGCGGAUGCCGCCAAGGGGACGAUGAUACUUGUGAUCAUGUCAGCUGGGCCGAUUGAUGUUUCUUUUGUUGUGAACAAGAGCAACAUAAGGGGGAUAUUGUGGGUCGGAUACCCUGGUGAGGCUGGUGGAGAUGCCAUAGCUCAAGUCAUAUUUGGGGACUAUAAUCCUGGGGGUAGGUCACCAUUCACAUGGUACCCUCAGGAAUUUGCAGAUAAAGUCCUCAUGACAGACAUGAACAUGAGGCCCAAUGCCACCACCAACUUCCCAGGAAGGACAUACAGGUUUUACUCAGGAAAACCCAUCUAUGAAUUUGGUCAUGGACUAAGUUACUCCACUUUCUCCAAGUUCAUAAAAAAUGCACCUUCUUCUCUCUCUAUACCAAUUAAGCCUACUCAAAGCUCGGAGUUGGAUAUCAAACACAACAUUCUUGAUGCAUUGGUGACGGAUCCCAGAAGAGCAAUCGACUUGUCAACAGUUAUUUGUGACCACUUGAGAUUCAAUGUGACUGUUGGAGUAAAAAAUGAGGGUCCGAUUCAUGGGACUCAUGUGGUAUUAUUAUUUUGGAAGCCUCCUAACACUACUGAGAUCAAUGGAAACCCAAAGCAACAACUGAUUGGGUUUACCAGGGUUGAGGUGAAGAGAGGAGAAGUUGUGUUGGCAACCAUAAGUGUUGAUUUAUGCAAGGACUUGAGUUCAGUGGAUGAAGAGGGAAAGAGGAAGGUUAUACUUGGGCAGCACACAUUAGUAGUUGGCUCAUCAACUGAGCAACAAGUGAGGCACCAUAUCUAUUUGAGAGCAAAAAACAGUAGAGCUGAGAUGAUGUAG